AGCCUCGUUCUGACAGACAGGUGAACGGAGCGACGACGCCAUGUUGAGGGAAAACGGAAGUGUGUUACUCUGCUCUUAAAAACGUCUUUCGAAUUUUUUUUUUGGCACUUUAGAAGUAAAACCUACCCAGAAGGCGACUGAACUGAAUUCUUCUUUUAUUUACGCGUCGGUUAGGGACCACCCUCUUUGCGGGACUCUUUUUGUGUAACUUUACUGUGACUGACAGCGUCAAAUCACUUCACGGGGUGAUCGCAAGUUACAGAUCGGGACUUAAAGAUGCCGCUGGCGCAGUUUGCAGACCCCUGGCAGAAGUUGCCCGUGGGGCAUAUGGAGAAUGAGGAUGACUCCAUGGUGGAGGAUGAUGCUCCUCUUCACAGUACAGCCUGGUUUUAUUGGUUUCCUGUUGGAUGAGUGACAUGGCAAACAGCCAGUAGGAGAAGAGGAUGUUCAGCAUUGACUUCAAGCUGAGCUUCAUUUUCCAACAACCCAGCAAAAAGUUUACUGAAAGAUGUCAGAUCACUUGAUAGGGCUGUUUGUGACCCAAAGCGGAUGAGGGCUUGGUCAAGGAAAUCAGCAUCACUCACCACGUCAAGGAGGGCUCUGAAAAAGCGGACACACGACAGUUUGAGCUCUGCAAGGUGCUGGGCCAGGGAUCUUUUGGCAAGGUGUUCCUUGUCAAGAAGAUAACCGGGCCCGAUGCAGGACAGCUCUAUGCUAUGAAAGUGCUAAAGAAAGCUACUUUGAAAGUACGAGAUCGAAUGCGUACAAAGAUGGAGAGAGACAUACUAGUUGAGGUCAACCAUCCUUUUAUUGUUAAACUGCAUUAUGCAUUUCAGACAGAAGGCAAACUCUAUUUGAUUCUCGACUUUCUCAGAGGAGGAGAUCUCUUCACUCGCCUGUCCAAAGAGGUGAUGUUUACAGAGGAGGAUGUAAAGUUCUACCUUGCAGAGCUGGCUUUGGCCUUGGACCAUUUACAUGGACUGGGAAUCAUCUACAGAGAUCUCAAACCAGAAAAUAUUCUUUUGGAUAAUGAUGGACACAUCAAACUUACAGACUUUGGCUUGAGUAAAGAGUCUAUUGACCAUGAGAACAAGGCGUAUUCGUUCUGUGGUACGGUGGAAUAUAUGGCUCCAGAGGUGGUCAACCGCAGAGGUCACACUCACAGUGCUGAUUGGUGGUCCUACGGUGUGCUAAUGUUUGAAAUGCUGACUGGAACACUUCCAUUCCAAGGGAAAGACCGAAAAGAGACCAUGACAAUGAUCUUAAAGGCCAAGCUGGGCAUGCCUCAGUUUCUUAGCCCAGAGGCCCAGUCUCUGCUUCGCAAUCUGUUCAAGAGGAAUCCUGGCAACCGCUUAGGAGCCGGGCCAGAUGGAGUAGAAGAGAUCAAAAGACAUUCGUUCUUUAGCACAAUUGACUGGAAUAAAUUAUACAGAAAGGAAUUGAAUCCUCCAUUUAAACCAGUCAUCCAGAGGCCAGACGACACGUUUUAUUUUGACUCUGAGUUCACUGCCAAAACCCCACGAGACUCUCCUGGUGUUCCUCCAAGUGCCAAUGCCCAUCAGCUCUUCAGAGGGUUUAGCUUUGUUGCUUCGGGAGUAGAAGAGGAAAGCCAGCCGCCCAUUCAGAGCAACCUCAACAUGAGCGUCAUACUGCAGCAACCCCACAGGAGCACCGUUCAGUUCACUGAUGUAUAUGAUGUUAAAGAAGACAUUGGUGUGGGCUCUUACUCCAUCUGCAAGCGCUGUGUGCACAAGAGCACAGGCAUGGAUUAUGCAGUCAAGAUUAUCAGUAAGGAGAGGAGAGAUCCUACAGAGGAGGUCGAGAUUCUGCUGCGUUAUGGACAACAUCCCAACAUCAUCACUUUGAAAGACGUGUUUGAUGAUGGGCGAUCGGUGAACCUGGUCACAGAGUUGAUGAAAGGUGGAGAACUACUGGAUAAAAUCCUCAGACAAAAGUUUUUCUCGGAGAGAGAGGCCAGUGCUGUCCUGCACACCAUUACAAAAACUGUUGAAUAUCUGCAUGCCCAAGGAGUAGUACACAGAGAUCUAAAGCCCAGUAAUAUCCUGUACGUGGAUGAAUCAGGCAACCCAGAAUCAAUCCGGAUCUGUGAUUUUGGUUUUGCCAAACAACUCCGAGCAGAAAAUGGACUGCUGAUGACACCAUGCUAUACUGCUAACUUUGUUGCUCCAGAGGUCCUGAAGAAGCAAGGCUAUGAUGCAGCCUGUGAUAUCUGGAGUCUUGGAGUUCUUCUUUAUACCAUGCUCACAGGGUUCACUCCGUUCGCUAACGGCCCAGAAGAUACGCCGGAAGAAAUUCUGGCUCGGAUUGGCAGUGGGAAGUUCUCCCUUUCUGGAGGAUACUGGAAUUCUGUAUCAUUCGAGGCUAAGGAACUGGUAUCAAAGAUGCUUCACGUUGAUCCUCAUAAGAGAUUGACUGCUGCUCAAGUGCUUCGUCACCCAUGGAUAGUCCACAAGGACCAGCUACCAAAAUACCAACUUAACCGCCAGGACGCACCUCAUCUAGUGAAGGGAGCAAUGGCAGCCACCUAUUCAGCUCUGAACAGAAAUGUGUCUCCCGUCCUGGAGCCGGUGGGAUGCUCCACGCUCGCUCAGCGCCGUGGUGCCAAAAAGCUGACCUCUACCGCCCUGUGACCUUUCAGAUUUAACCCCAAACUACAAAUGGCACAUAAAUUUGUGAGACGUGUGGCGGUUCUACUGUCGUCAUGGAAUGGCAACCCAAACCAAAAACAAACAAGUUUUUAAGUUCUUGUCAUUCAUCAUCAAUGCAUCAUCGUCAUCAUGUAGAAUAUUAUUAAACGCUCUUAGGAGAGUAUUAAAUUCAUGUACCAUUGUUUUAUGAAAAUACUCUAGAAAUGUACGUCAUAUGGGAUUAUAUAUGAAUAUGAAAAUAUUCCUGUGAGUCUGUGGAGAGAAUGUAUGAUGUUUGAGUCACAGCUUGUUUUCUGUAUUGUGGUGGUGGUGGUGAUGUCAUGUCUAGCGAUUGCAUGGAGCCGUACUAUUGACUAGUAUUAUUAUCUGAUCAUAGCUGUGCCCGCCUCUCCAAGACGGACCUCACGUGCUGAAAUGGCUUACUCAAGCUUUUCCUUUUUUUAAAAGAAAGAGCUGUUGGUCAGUAAUGCCACUACGCGCAACUUCAGAUGGAGUUUCAACACGGUGCCGUGUUGAAACCCUUUGUGAAAUCAAAGAGAACUAUGCAAGUAAACUUACAAUCCUCAUUGUACGUCCCUAGAGAAUGUAGUGUGUGUCACAAACCAAGUAUUUCUUGUUGAUAUAGUGUUUUAAUUGGGCAAAGUGGUGCAAAAACCCUUUGUCAUGCACAUUUGUCUUAAAGGGCAUUUGAUUUGCAAAAAAUGGCAAUCCAAAUAGUGACCUCAUUCUUAAAAUCUUUUUCCUCUCCAGCGGACCAGUACUCUUCAUAUUAGAGCUACUCAUCAGAGCUUAUAUGAGAACACUUUAUGCUGUAUGGUUUAUAAUGGACAUGGUAACAUUGCCAUAUAUGCGCAGUUUUCUUACCGGGAAUGACCAAUAUACUGUUGUCUUACGCUAAGUGAUUCCUAACACUCCUUUUAUAUGUUCAUUCUUCAUGAAAUUAAAGGGAAAUAUGCAGGCUGAACCAAGAUUGUUCCAAUUUUCUCAAUCAUAAUUUUAAAGACUAUUCAGAAUGUAUUAUUUUUAUACCUGGCAAUGAACUGUUUUUUUAUGUUUGUGUAUGUAUGUCUGUAUGUGAGGCCACGUGUUUGGUGAGAUUUGGGCUACAGACGACGUCCUCUUGUUCUGGAAUUAAUUUACACGAAUUUUUUUUUUUUUUAAUUGUUGCUGCUGUAACAGUGCAAGUGAUAAACGUGUCCUAAUGAUCUCUUCUGGCCAUUAUUGUAUAACACUGGCCAUUGUAUUAAAAAAAAAUCAGUCUGAUUAAGUUUCAGUAAAAUAAAUUUUGCAAUUCUGUUUAAUGUUUUUCUCUCAAUCAAUCAUUAGCAUUGAAACCUUUCAAAUGUGUAGUGCUCUGAACACGCUUUGGAUUUCUUAGCCCAAUAAAAAUGUGUCUUCAAGAGUACAAAUAAAGUUUUUUUAUGCAAAA